AUGUACGGUAAUUUUAACCAUCCAUCCAUAUAUCCUGCUCCUCAGUUGAAGCUUGUUUUGCCCUCUCAUCAUCAAUUAACUGGACAGUGCUUUAUUAAUUUAGUUCUGAUCAUGCACAAAAUGUUCCAGCAUGGGAACGUCUGAAGGAGAAUAGAUAGUUUGAAAUGGAUGAGAAUGACUCCAUACAACCUACUCCUGACUCUGGAUAUCUCCAGUCUGAUUCACAAAAUGGAGACACAGGUUUCUCUCAAGACAAUGAUGUGGCAGUGAGUCAUGACAGACUGAUAGACACAGCCCAAGACAAUGAAUCCAGACAAGCAGACGACAGUGUCAAGUCAGAGACUGAUACAAAGUCAGGAGCAGACGACAGUGUCAAGUUAACAGCAGACGACACUGAUGGAGACACAGUGAGAAACGAUGACACAAACAUGGAUUAUGUCACUGAGACAAGAGAUGCUAGCGCCACCGAUGAAGUCAGUGCAUCUCUUGAAGAAAACUCAAAAUCCAAAAAGAAAAGCAAAACCAAGAAGAAGAAGAAGAGGAGGAAAAGAGAUGAAACAGGUGAACCUGAGUCAAAUUUAAAUGAGGAGGAAUUCGAACUAGCAGCGGUGAAGACUCACCAUGCCCUUGGAACAAGGGAAGAUGACCCUAUCAUUGCUCCCAUAGAUCUAGAUCGUAGGAAAGAGGAGGAACAGAGGAUUAAAAUGUCAUGGACUCAGCAGUUGUCUGUCUCCAACAAAGUGUCUCCUGCAGACAUCCCUGAUACAGAGUUGUCUACCAUGGAUUACCACCCAGAGAAAGCUGUAGACAUCAGCAAAUUUGACAGAGAUAUUUCUCUCAACAGUUGGUCAACUGUUCCAAUCAAUGGAGCUAGUACCUAUAGUCCAGUUCAAGACCAGAGGAAAAGGGAAAUGGUCAUUGGAGGGGACGAUACGAGUCAGAGUGGGGACAUUGGCUGCUGUGGAAGCAUUCUAAUGUUCCUCUCCUUCAUCCUGGUUUUGGUCACUUUCCCCAUUUCCUUAUUCUUUUGCAUUAAGGUUGUUCAAGAGUAUGAAAGAGCUGUGAUAUUUCGUGUAGGAAGGCUUCUAUCAGGAGGAUCAAAGGGACCAGGUAUAUUUUUUGUGUUGCCAUGUAUAGAAGGGUACACAAAAGUGGAUCUCCGUACAGUUUCAUUUGACGUUCCUCCACAAGAGAUUCUGACCAGCGACAGUGUGACGGUGUCUGUAGAUGCUGUGGUUUACUACAGGGUGUGUAACCCCACCAUAUCAGUGGCCAACGUAGAAAACGCCCACCACGCCACACGACUGCUGGCCCAGACCACGCUACGAAACAUUCUGGGGACUAAGAGCAUGUCUGAAAUACUCAUGGACAGAGAGUCCAUCAGUAAAGCCAUGCAGAGUAUGCUGGAUGAAGCUACCAUUCACUGGGGCAUCAAAGUGGAGAGGGUAGAAAUUAAAGAUGUUAGACUCCCUAAACAGUUGCAGAGGGCAAUGGCUGCUGAAGCAGAGGCAUCAAGGGAAGCCAGGGCAAAGGUUCUUGCUGCAGAAGGGGAGCAUAAUGCUUCUAAAGCACUUAAAGAAGCAGCAGACAUCAUUCAUACUUCACCAGCAGCCCUUCAGCUGCGAUAUCUCCAAACCUUGAACCAAAUAGCCUCAGAGAAAAACUCAACCAUCGUCUUUCCACUUCCCGUGGAUUUCUUGUCUUCUUUCAUGAAAUAAGCAAUAAUUUGACAUUCUUGCUUCAUUUUUUUGGUUGUGUUUUUCAUCAAUUUCAAAACCAUGACUCUUGGUUUUUAAGACUUUUUAACUUAACAUUUUUAUCUUUAUUCAUAAACUUAUUGUUGUAAAAUGGAAAUCUAUGGUUUGACACAUUUUAGUGUGUAUAUAUACUGGUACCCAUGAAAACUGGUACAUGAUGGGUAUAAAUUUCAAAUUUUCUUUGAUGUCAGAGAAAGUAAUGUACUCUAUGACUGGGUUCUUUUCAUUUUAAUGUAUGAAAUGCCAUCUUAUAAUGAACUCUAAAGGGAAAGCAUGAUGAAAAACAUUUUAAAGUGUUGACUCUUUAUGGAGAGGACCCCAUUAUAGCUUAAUUUACAUGUGCAAUUAAGUUGUUGUAAUCAGAAGUAUGUGUAUUGCAUCAACGAUCAACUGUGUAAUGCAUAAUAAUAAUAAUAGGAUCUACAAUGAUUUCAUUGAUUUUCAUGGACAUUAAUCUGAGUGGAUUUAGCGAAAUAUUUAUUUUCAAAGAUACAUAGGCUUUACCGAUACAAACUUUAUUAUUUUCUUUUUCACUUCAAUCAUUAUUUGAUUUUGAGGAUUGGCAAAACAACAAAAUCCAAAAACUGUUGCUCAACAAAUAACAGUGAAACAUGUUUAUCUUUAUUUCUAUCCUUUGUAAUGCUAGUCAUCAACUAGAACUAAUUGUCUGUAUUGAUGACAAUAGUUUAGAGGUCCCCAAAAUAAUUACCAUAGUCUGUUAAAAGGAAUAUUUUUUUUAAACAUAUAAUUAUGAUGUUUGUCAUACCUUUUUUUACUCUUUUUCUUACUGUUAACACAUUUGUUUUUAUGUGCACUUCAGAUUUUUAUCUACACAAACAUAGUCAAUUUCUUUGUGAUAUUAUUUUUUCUGUGGCAUAAUUGAAUCGAUGUGCAGCUCCAUGUAUGAAGAAAACACAGGGUUAAUUUAUUAAAUGUCAGAAAUAUUUAUUUUUUACAUUAGUUGGUAGUUCUCCCAUAAAAAAUGUUUAGAGCACUAUAUUGACUUAUGAUCAUCCUUAUAAAUUACUUUGAUUUCUAUGCUGUUAUUAAAAACUAUGUCAAAUAAAACUGAAAAUCUU